GAAACACGGGCCCGGAAGUCGUUCUCCGCUCCCUGGUCUUUGGUCGCGCGGGGAAGUGAAGAUCUUAUAGCGGACGAUCCUUGCUCCUCUAUAUCGUUGCUGGGAGACAGAGAGAGAGAGAGAGGGACAGUGAUGGGUGAGGAGGUGCGAGACUCCCAGCCGGUCAGCACCUUUGAGCUGGAGAAAGAGACGGAGCUGCGCUUUGAGGUGGAGUCAGGCCGCACUGCGGAGGUGGAGCUCCGCUCGGGACUGGCCGAAGUGUUUGGGUCGGAGCUGACCCCCCACCGGCCGUACGUGUUCAAGGGGGGGUCGAAGGCGGCUGUGUUCACCUGGCACGGCUGCAGCGUGCGUUUGCGAGGCAAGACGGAGGCGGCGUACGUGUCCCGCGACACGCCCAUGACCAUCUACCUCAACUGCCACGCCGCCCUGGAGCAGAUGAGGCAGCGGGCAGAGGAGGACGGCGAGAGGGGGCCGCGGGUCAUCGUCGUCGGCCCCUCCGACGUGGGCAAGACCACCCUGUGCCGCCUCCUCCUCAACUACGCCGCGCGGCUGGGCAGGAUCCCCACCAUGGUGGACCUGGAUGUGGGCCAGGGCUGUCUGUCUGUGCCCGGCACGGUGGGGGCCCUGUGUGUGGAGCGGCCCGCCAGCCCAGAGGGCGGAUUCUGUCUCCGAGCCCCCCUCGUCUAUCACUUUGGCUCAACCACCCCUGGCACCAACAUCAAGCUCUACAACAGGAUCACCACGCGGCUGGCGGAGGUGUUUAACCAGCGUUGUGAGCGUAACCGGCGUGCGAAUGCAGGCGGCUGUGUGAUCAACACGUGUGGGUGGGUGAAGGGCACGGGCUACCAGGCUCUGCUCCAUGCCGCCUGUGCGUUUGAGGUGGACGUGGCGCUGGUGUUGGACCAGGAGCGUCUGUACAACGAGCUGAAGCGGGACCUGCCGCACUUUGUCAAGACGGCGUUGCUGCCCAAGUCUGGCGGGGCGGUGGAGCGCUCCAAGGAGUUCCGGCGGGAGAGUCGAGACGAGCGUAUCCGCGAGUAUUUCUACGGAACCAGCGGCGACCUCUUCCCCCACGCCUUCGAGGUGCGUUUCGCAGACGUGCAGAUCCUGCGUGUGGGGGCGCCGGCCGUGCCCGACUCGUGCCUGCCCCUGGGCGUCAGGCAGGACGACCCGCAGCUGAAGCUGGUGCCCGUGCAGGCGGGCAGGGACCUGGCGCAUCAUCUGCUCAGUCUCAGCACCCAGACCGCACCUGGACCACAUAUCCUCGACUCCAGCCUCACCGGCUUUGUGGUCGUCACCGGCGUCGACGUGGAGAGGAAGGUGUUCACCGUGCUCUCCCCCGCACCACGACCUCUCCCCGACGGCGUGUGUCUCAUCAUGGACAUACGAUUCAUGGAUCUCAAGUAGCCAGCCGCAUCGGGGGAGAAUGCUGGGACACUGAGUGAGAGGGGGAGAGAGAGAUGGGAGAGUCAGUGAGUGGGGGGGGGGGGGGGGGGGGUGGUGGUGUGGGGGAUAGUGAGAGUGGGGAGAGAGAAAGAAUCGGUGGGGGGGGGUGGGGGGGAGAGGAAUGCAGAAGGUAAUAGGAAGGUGUCUCGGGGAUAUCCACACACUGACUGGUCUCAGUCUCUCACUGGGGAUAUCGGUCUCUCUCUCAGAGAUAUCUCGACACUGACCAGUGUGAUUGUCCAAUAUUUACCCUCUUGUUCUUGUAUGAGAGAUACCUGGAAUUUUUUUAUUGUGUGAGGAAGGGUUUGUGUAAGAUUUUUAAUCACCGCGUUAACUGUUGUGCCGGGAUCUUAAAGUGACAUUGUUUGAAACCUUAUCUCAGUUACUCUGAUUAAACAAUGCUUUAUAAAUA